AUGGCUACACUGCGGGUUCGAGGGAUUCCGGCUUUGAGUUCUGCCCCUACACUUCCCAGACGCGGUCUAUCCCUCUAUGCUCGCACAUUUAGUGUUCUCAGAUCAAGAUCUGCUCUUCGUCAACCAUGUCUAUUGAGCCCCCGAGUCGCAGCUAUACCUUCCUACCUUUCCGUCUCUCGCUAUCAACAAUUCAGCACUUCUCCUGUCCACCAUGAGACCAUUAUCAAAGUCCCUCAAAUGGCCGAGUCCAUUUCCGAAGGAACUCUGAGUUCAUUUUUGAAACAAGCUGGGGACUACGUCGAGCGGGACGAAGAGAUUGCUUCGAUCGAGACAGACAAGAUCGAUGUUUCUGUCAAUGCUCCUGAAGCAGGCACAAUAAAAGAGCUUUUGGUCAGCGAGGGAGACACUGUCGUUGUGGGACAAGAUAUUGCCAAACUGGAGCCCGGCGAGGGCGGUGGCAGUGGUGCAGGGGAGGCAAAGGAAGCACCGAAGGAGCGUGCUCCACACGACCAACCCACAAGUUCAGAUCUAGAGCCGAAGAAGGAGGAACCAAAGAGAGAAGAGCCUCUGCCACCUCCACCAAAGAAGGAAGAGAAGCCCGCACCCGCGCCACCCCAGGGAUCGAAGAAACCCUCAGCGGAGGGGCCUAAAGUUGGGGUUGACUCGCCGUUUGGCCCAGGGAGCCGAAAUGAAAAUCGAGUCAAAAUGAACCGGAUGCGUCUGAGAAUUGCCGAGCGUCUGAAGCAAUCUCAAAAUACCGCAGCAUCCUUGACGACCUUCAAUGAAGUCGACAUGUCCAAUGUCAUGGAGUUCCGCAAGAAGUACAAAGAUGAGGUCUUGAAGAAUACCGGUGUGAAGCUGGGCUUCAUGAGCGCCUUUGCCAAGGCCAGCGUCUUGGCCAUGAAAGACAUUCCUACUGUCAACGCAUCCAUUGAAGGUCCUGGUGGUGGCGACACCAUCGUGUACCGGGACUUCGUCGAUAUCAGUGUUGCCGUUGCGACACCCAAAGGCCUCGUCACCCCGGUAGUUCGGAAUGCGGAGAGUAUGGACUUGAUCGGGAUCGAAAAGGCAAUAGCCGAUUUGGGCAAGAAGGCGCGAGAUGGACAGCUCACCAUUGAAGACAUGGCGGGUGGUACCUACACGAUUAGCAAUGGCGGUGUAUUUGGUUCGAUGAUGGGCACACCCAUUAUCAACUUGCCUCAAACAGCUGUGCUUGGUCUCCAUGCUAUCAAAGACAGGGCCGUGGUCAUGAUGUAUCUUGCACUGACUUACGAUCAUCGUUUGUUGGAUGGCAGGGAAGCUGUCACGUUCUUGGUGAAGAUCAAGGAAUACAUAGAAGACCCGCGCAAGAUGUUGUUAGCUUAG